AUGGAUAUCAAGAAGCCGAGUCGACUAGGUAGAGCCGGACGGACGAAGACUACUCAUGGCGUUAAUGGCACAUCCAGCAUCCCUCUCUCGAAUGGGACCCUGUACGCCAAUGAAUCCCACUGUACUCUCUCUAUUGACCUGGGCGAAGAAACUUCAUCAAGUCUUGCAGCCCUUUCUUCUGAUCUGAAGUCGUUCGUUAUCUUAGCAGCAUGGUCGAUUGUACUCAGUAAAUACACUGGAGACGACAAAGUCUCCUUCGACCUACUUAAUUCAUUUAAUCAAACCUGUAGCAGCCUUCAGGAAGUGUCUUUGGGUGACUUGCCGCACAUCCAAGACAUUGUGAAGCAUUUGCAGAAAGUUGGCCAGGCUUUCACUUCAGAAAGCGAAUAUCAACAAGGCUUAGAGCCUAGCCUAGGAUGCGAUUCAGCUGUACAUAUUCAUGGAUCCACCUCCAAUGAUAUCGAAUAUGUGGAAGCCAUAUUUCCAAAGUGCUCAUUCAUUCUAGACGUCGUCUUCGCCAAGAAUGCGGUCUGCCUAAGUCUCUGGUGUGACGAUCAUGAAGUCUCGGAUGGCUUUGCUCCAAGCAUUGCGCAAACUUUUUCCAAAGCGCUAGAAUCCGUCAUAGCUUCUGACCCUGAUACUGACUGGCAGAUGAUCGAAAUUUUGAGCAAACGUGACUUCGACAAGAUCAAUCAGUGGAACCAGGGGAGCCUUAGCACUGCCGAGUCUUGCAUUCAUGACCUCUUCCAACAUCAAGCUGAGCGCAAUCCAUCAAGUCAAGCAGUCUUUGCAUGGGAUGGCUGCUUGACUUACUACGAACUAGAUAUCCUGUCCGGAAAUUUAGCGAGUCAUCUCAAAAACUUAGGCAUACAAAGAGGAUCUUUAGUUCCAAUCUGUCUCGAGAAAUCUCUGUGGGUCACUGUCUCAAUACUCGCGAUACUCAAAGCUGGUGGAGCGGUCAUCCCUCUCGAUCCGUACCAUCCUGCGAAGCGUCUCUUGGAGAUCGUAGAAGAUACUAGACCGAUUGUUGUCGUGUGCGACUUACAGAAUUCUGAUGUAUUCACUGGAGCGGUUCAGACUGUCAUCGCAGAUGUUCGGGUUGCAAGCCAGAAGAAAAUUCAGGCUAAGGCCGAAGCAUCCAUGCAUGUUCAUCAUUCUGACCCUGCGAUUGUACUUUUCACCUCUGGAUCUACCGGGAAGCCAAAAGGCCUGAUUCAUACUCAUAUGAGAGGGGAGGCUGUGACUCAAGACAGCGUCGAAGAAUGGGCGUCGCCAUCGCGACAGCUAUUGAACGGAACUGAUGGCAGCCUUGUUUACCUGGGCCGGAAAGACACUCAGGUCAAAAUUAGGGGCCAGAGAUUGGAGCUUGGUGACAUAGAGCGACAUUUACGCUUAGAGCUCCCACAGAAUGCAGUAGCUGUGGACACCUCAAAAUCGCCAGAUGGGGUAUCUACUUUGAUCGCGUUCGUUGCAUUCGAAUCUACACCCACAAAUUUCUCCAACCUUGCAAACAAGGUCCAAUUCAAUCUCCAAAAGUCGCUCCCUUCGUACAUGAUACCAGCCCUCUUCAUUCCUAUCAAGACAUUACCCAUGAAUGAAAGCAACAAAUUAGACCGGAGAAUGCUCCGUCAUUUUGCACAUCAUUAUAUUCAGAAUCGGCAGGAAUCUUCAUCUUCAUUAGAACAACUGUCAAGCUCUUUGACUGCCAUAGAGCAAAGACUGGCGGACUUAUGGAUCCAAGUACUCAAAAUUGGAGUCGCACUUAAGGCGACUGACAAUUUCUUUGUUUUGGGCGCUAACUCUCUCACUGCCAUCGCUUUAGUGUCGAGAGCCCGAGAGGCGGGCUUACGAAUCUCCGUCGCCGAUAUCAUGCUUGAACCGUCUUUGUCAGGAAUGGCGCACAUGUUGACUCCAAUAAAGAGUCUAAGUCGUGCACCUGUCCCGUAUGAGCUAAUCAGGAGCGAAGAGAAAGACAGAAUUCUGGACGAGACAACUGCGCAAUCCAAGAUGCCACGAUCAGAUGUUGAGGACAUAUAUCCAUGUACUCCUACGCAGGAAGGUCUCUUUGCCCUUUCUUUGGCAAGCCCAGGAACCUAUGUGGCCCUAUUCAAAUAUGAAAUACCUACAAAUAUAUCAUUGCCUCGAUUUCAAAACGCCUGGGCAGAGGUGAUCCGACGAAGCCCUAUCUUGCGAACACGCAUUGUCCAAUUUGCUGGACAGCAUUAUCAAGUCAUCGAUCAAUCCGCACAUCAUCCAGAGAUAUCACAUAUCAAUCUCGAACAGUAUCUGACUUCCGACAAACAUCAGAACUUCCAUUACGGACAACCUCUUCUUCAUUCGGCCAUCUUUAUUUCCGAUGCGUCGACCAACUUCGUCCUGACCAUGCAUCAUUCCAUCUUCGACGCCUGGUCCUUAAAUCUCGUAUGGAAAGAAGUUGAAGCUGUAUAUAUGAAUGAGCCAGCACCUUCUCGGCCUCCCUUCUGUAGCUUUGUCCACUACAUCCAACAAAAUACUCCAAUCAGCGAGAGUUCCAAGUCAUAUUGGCAAAAACACUUCCAAGGUUCUUCCCCAGCCUUGUUUCCUCCAUUACCAUCUGCCUCCUACAGACCGAAAGCAGAUGUCCAAUCUUCGACCUACUUCCAGGCAUUGCAGACUCGAGCCAAGGUCACGCUAGCAAUCACCAUUCGCGCUGCCUGGGCUCUGCUUAUCGGCCAGUACUCUGGCUCCAAGGACCUCACUUUCGGCAUGACUCAAAGCGGCCGGUUUGCCGAAUUUGAUGACAUUGACAAAUUGAUCGGACCAACACUGACCACGCUACCAGUACGUGUCCGCAUUGACCCAAGCGCUUCUGUUCAUGAGUUCCUCCAAGGCGUAAGACGCCGAGCUGCUGAUAUGGUACCAUACGAGCAUAUUGGACUGCAGACACUUGCCCAGCUUAGUCCUGAGGCACAGGAAGCGUGCAAUUUCCCGAGCAUACUUGUUGUGCAUCCAGAGGAUGACGACACUGGACCGUUCGGCGCCAAAGCUAGGAUGACCCAUUUUGUACUUCCACAUGCUCUCGUCGUUGAAUGCCAUCUGAAAACUUCAGGAAUCAUACUCGAGGCAAGCUAUGACUCACAAGUAAUACAAACUGCAAACGUGCAGAGAUUGAUGGCUCAGUUUGCGCAUGUCGUGCAGCAGUCAUGCAAGGCGGAUGGAGAUGCACAUGUGGAUACUAUUCAGCUCACUAGUCCGGCAGAUUUACAGGACAUCCAAGAGUGGAAUGCAAAUCUUUCAGCAGCUGAGAAUGAUUGCAUACAUAGUGCGAUUGAGCUCCAGGUGGCCAAAAACCCGACCACUCAAGCCAUCUGCGGCUGGGAUGGGUCACUUGCUUACAAAGAGCUUGAUGUUCUUGCCAGUCGUCUAGCUUCGCACAUAUCCGCCGGCGGUGUUGGUCCUGAGGUCAUUGUGCCUCUGUGCUUUGAUAAGAGCAAAUAUGCUAUCAUCUCACUCUUGGCCGUCCUCAAAGCAGGUGGUGCCUGCUUGUUUCUCGAACCUACGUGGCCCGUCUCGCGUAUUGAUUUCAUUCUACAAGCUGUCAAUUCUCCUGUUGUGAUUGCAGAUUCCAUUCAUGCAGACAAAUUCGUGCAAAAGGCGUCGAAAGUCGUCACGGUAUCUGAGUCUCUUUUCAACCAACCAGAAUUGGCCCAUCCAAUAUCAGGCUACCGGCAAGCACAGCCAAGUAAUGCCAGCUUUGUUUUCUUUACAUCCGGAUCAACAGGUACGCCGAAAGGUAUCGUACAGUCCCACAGUGCCCUUCUCACCAGUUCAAGAAAUCACGCAUCAACAUGUAGGAUCAAUGAAGAAUCCCGGACGCUACAAUUCUCGGCUUUCACCUUCGAUGUCUACGAAAUUGAGAUAGUCACAACAUUGACGCAUGGUGGCUGUGUCUGCAUUCCGUCUGAACACGAUCGUAUGAACAACCUCAGUGGAGCCAUGGAAGAAAUGCAGGCCAACUGGGCUUUCUUCACGCCUACUUUCUGCCGUUCGAUGGAUCCAUCGCAAAUGCCGCAUUUAAAAACGUUACUGGUCGGUGGCGAAGCAGUUGAUAAAGCAACUGUCGAUAAAUGGGUUGAUCAUGUGACGCUUUUGAAUUGCUAUGGUCCAGCGGAAUGUGGCCCGACAGUAAUGUGUGAGCUCACUCCCUCCCAUCGACCAGAAUCUAUUGGGAUGCCUCUAUGCUGCCGUUCUUGGAUCGUAGACCCGGAUGAUCAUAACAAGCUCGCCCCAGUAGGAAGUGUUGGCGAACUACUCCUUGAAGGCUACACCAUGGCUCGUGGAUAUCUGAAUGAGCCGGAAAAGACGGCAGCGUCUUUCAUACCCGCUCCCAAGUGGCUUGAAGAAAUGGCAGCAUCCCAUGGAUCCAAGCUCUACAAGACGGGCGAUCUUGUCAAGUACGCAGAGGACGGUAGUAUCGAUUUCAUAGGGAGGAAGGAUACGCAAGUCAAGAUCCGCGGACAAAGAAUGGAAUUAGGCGAGAUCGAGCAUCACCUACGGCAGUGUUUACCUGCAACUAUUGAUGCUGCUGCCGAGGUCGUUCAACUCGAUGAUGGUAAGGAAAGAAAGAGUCUAGUUGCCUUCAUCUGUGCCAGAUCUGCAGAAUCGAGAAGCGAUCCAACGAGCUUGUCAGACGACACUUUUCAGUAUCAUGAACUUGUGAAGGCCGCUCAGGAUUUGAAGCCCAGAAUGGAACAAUUGGUCCCGACAUCCAUGGUCCCUUCUGCUGUGCUUUUGACCACAGCCAUGCCUGUCAACGCAUCCGGUAAGCUUGACAGGAAAGUCUUGCAGCGCCUAGCUUUGCAAACACCCCUUCAGAGUUCCAACUGGCUGCAUUCAGGCUCCACCGUCAAGACAAAGAUCGAAACAGUGAUGGAGAGGACAUUGCAACAGCUUUGGAAGACAUGUUUGAAAGUUGACUCCAUCAUGUCCAGAGAAGAUGACUUCUUUCGUCUGGGUGGGGACUCAAUCAGCGCCAUGUCUCUGGUGGCGUCAGUUAGAAUGCAGGGAUAUUCGUUGUCUGUUGGACAGAUUUUCAAGAAUCCAACCCUGGAGCAGAUGGCGAAUGCUAUGUCCUUAGCUCGAUCAGAAGAUAAAAACCAUCGCAUUGAAAAGUUUGCACUCCUCCCACAGCCUAAUUAUGAAAUCCCUACCAUUACGCGCGAGAUAGCAGGGAUAUGUCACGUCAAUGAACGCUCGAUUGAAGACAUAUAUCCUUGCACGACAUUGCAGGAAGGAAUGUUGGCGCAGUCGUUGACUCGUCCAGGAUCGUAUCUAAUGCAAAAUGUAUAUUCGCUUCCUUCGCACAUUGACCUUGACAGGUUUCGUGCUGCAUGGGACAUGAUCAUCCAACAGGAGCCUAUCUUUCGUACAAGGAUCUUGCAGACAUCUGUUGGCACCCUUCAAGCUGUAAUGUUUAAUGUUGUGAAAUGGGAAGAGGCCGAAAAGUUCGAAUCUUACGUAGCUAGGGACAAGUCAAGUCUUAUUGAACAUGGGCAAUCGAUGACCAGACUUGCACUUUUCCACGAUGAUUUCAGUAAUACAGCUCGGUUCGUGCUCACAAUUCAUCAUUGUUUGUACGACGGCUGGAUGCUUGAGCUUGCCUGGAAAGCAGUCACUGCUGCAUACGCAGGGUCUUGCCUGCCAACCUCAGCACCGUUCAACAGAUUCAUUCAAUAUCUGUCUAGCAUAGAUCGAAAUGCUCAGAAAAAAUUCUGGCAGACGCAACUGGCAGAUGCCAACAAGGCGUCUUUCCCAGAAAUUCCCACCGGGCAUUUACCUUCUGCUUCAUCUAUUGUGGCUCACUCUGCGAUGUGUACAAUACUUAAUGGCCAAUAUAAGCUGGCGGCCACUACACCAGCAAUCAUUCGCGCUGCUUGGUCACUGCUGAUCUCCAGAUAUUCCAUGACGGAAGACGUCACAUUUGGCGCUGUAUCAAUUGGGCGGACUGCUCCUGUUGCAGACAUCGAACGCAUAGCAGCUCCUCUUAUCGCGACAGUGCCGGUCAGAGUCCAGAUAGACCGCCGACAGCGGAUAUCUUCAUAUCUUGAGCAGAUACAGGAGCAAGCUACCGAGAUGAUCCCUUACGAGCACACUGGACUGCAAAACAUCAAGUCAUAUCUUGACUCCGAAACCCAACAUGUCUGCGAUCUACAGACUCUGCUUGUGAUACAGCCCGCGAACACAACAGAAGAGACUAUUCCAGGAGUCGAAUGCAUAUCAGAGGGCGUGGACUUUAAGGUGCCGCAUGCUUUGGCUGUGAUCUGUUCGCUUAUCCCGGACGGUAUUGAGCUCCAGGCCAGCUUUGACCCAGUGGUACUGGAGUCAGAGACUGUUCGUCGUAUGCUGGGUCAUCUUGCCAAUCUCAUCAAUCAUAUCUAUCACUCGAACCGGCAGACCACUUUAGGAGAGCUCGAGUUGAUCGAUGAAGCGGAAACGAAAGAGAUCCUUAUACGAAAUCGAAAAGAGCCACCGAUUACGAACAGAUGCAUUCAUGAUGUCAUACAACAAAUUACCGACCACGAUCCUCAAGGUACAGCUGUUGUUGCUUGGGAUGGGCAGUUUACAUACCAACAACUUAAUGAUCAGUCCGCCCGAAUAGCUCGCGACCUUGGUGGCCGAGGAGUGAGGCCAGACGAGAUUGUGCCUCUACUCUCUGAAAAAUCUAAAUGGGUGGUCGCUAGCAUUAUCGGUAUUAUGAAGGCUGGUGCUGCUUUCGUGCUUAUCGAUACGGCAACCCCUGACGAUCGUCUGCGAUCUAUCCUGAAUAUAACAAAUGCGAGAGUAGCUUUGACUUCUUCCGAGUGUGCUGGAAAGUUUCCUCCAGGCACUCUUUCUGAAAUCGUCGUCUUCACCGAAACCGAUACCGGUUACUCUCAGACCAAGACUCACCCAGACAAAGAUCCUACGAGCAUUGCUUACGUCAACUUCACAUCAGGAACGACAUCUCAGACCCCUAAAGCGGCUGUAGUAGAACACAAGGCUUUCACAACCGCUGCUCUCGAGCACGGAAUUGCCUUGGAGAUCACUAGCCAUAGUCGAAUUCUUCAGUUUGCGUCAUACAAUUUUGAUAGCGCGAUCUGGGAGAUGCUUGUACCCCUAAUGCAUGGAGGAUGCGUCUGUAUCCCAUCCGAAAUGCAACGACUCGACGAUCUUACAGGCUUCAUGCAACAAACACAUGUCGACCUGGCGGUCUUGACGCCUACGGUCGCGAGAGCAUCUCUCAGAACAGAAGAGUUGGGCUUACUCAAGACUUUGCUGCUUGUUGGAGAGCCGAUGUCGCGAGACGAUCUCUCCCGUUACAAUCGCGAUAAAGUGCGCUUGUUGAAUGGCUACGGCCUCGCAGAAUGCUGUGUCUGCAGCUCUAUAUUGGAGCCAGAAGAGGGAAAUCUCGGAGCCAUUGGAAAACCAAUAGCCUCUAAUUUCUGGAUCACUGAUCCUGAAGACCAUGAUCGUCUCGCACCAUUGGGUGCAAUUGGGGAACUGCUCAUCGAAGGAUCGGUCCUCGCUCGUGAAUAUCUUGGCGACGAAGCGCGAACAAAAGCUUCUUUCGUAAAAAAUCCGGCCUGGUCAAGGAGUCUUCGACCUAUGCGCUUGUACAAAACCGGGGAUCUAGUGAAAAUGCGGCCUGAUGGCAACCUCACCCUUUUAGGCCGCAAAGAUAUGCAGGUGAAACUUCGCGGACAGCGAAUCGAUUUGACCGAGGUUGAAAGAGUCAUCAAAAAGCAUGUUCUCGAUGGUACGGCAGAGGUCGCUUGCGAUGCUUUGCUACACGCAGGAAGGAAAACAUUAGCAGCUUUUGUCUGCUCCGAGAUACGGAUAGAUAGUCGCGACAAUGACCUUCUCGCCAGCAGUCCAGCCUUCAGAAAGCGUCUAGAUGCUACUAUACUUGGAUCUAAGUACGACAUUAUGGGAGAUCUACCUCAGCACAUGAUACCCAGUCUUUACAUCCCCGUAACUCAAAUACCACUCCUGCCAUCCGGCAAAGUCAACCGUAGAAAGCUAGCAUCUGUAACUCAAAGUAUGUCAGCUGAAGAACUUGCACAAUUCUCCGCCAAGAAGCGAGAAGAUGUUUCUGCGCCAAUGUCUCAAGCAGAAAGUGCCCUUGCCAAGGAAUGGUCGAGCAUCUUUGAAAUUCCACCAGAAAUCAUUAGAGUGACUGACGACUUUUUCACGUGGGGCGAUUCAAUCGGUGCGAUCAAAUUGACAGCCUUGCUGCGAAAGCAGGGGAUGCUUAUCUCCGCUGUUGAUAUCAUGAGGCAUCCGGUAUUGGCAGACAUGGCUACGAAGGUGACAGAAGCACAAGUUGUUUCUAGUGGACAGCUCGAGCCCUUCGCCCUCAUCGACAGCUCACUCGAUGAUGUUUUUCAAGAAUUGCAUGACGUGCAUGCGAUUCGGAAGAAUGAAGUCGAGGAUGUGUACCCUUGUACUCCUCUCCAGGAAGGGCUCAUGGCCCUCUCGGUAAAGCAACGAGAUUCGUUCGUAGCGCGAAAUAUCCAUCACCUCCCGUCCUCGGUUUAUGUAGAUAGGUUCUACCAAGCGUGGCGACAUGCCAUUGAAGUGAACGCAAUACUUCGAACAACAAUAGUACAGACCAGGAAAAGUGGUCUACUGCAAGUGGUAUUGAAAGAGCAACGGUCGUGGGUAAGACCAAAAGACCUUGCUGAAUAUCUUGCUCAGGACAAGAGAUUAUCUCUUGGGUUUGGAAAAGACCUCAAUCGAUUUGCUUUGGUUGAAGAUUUCAAGGGCUGGUACUUUGUAUGGACGAGUCACCAUGCAACGUACGACGGAUGGUCUGUCAACUUGAUCUUCCAACAAGUGGAUCAACACUACCGCCGUCUCAGCGUUGAGAACACUUUGCCCUUUAACAUUUACAUCCAGCAUAUCACCUCGAUUGACACUGAUGCCACCAAAGCUUUUUGGCUGGCCCAAUCUACGACUUCGAACAGCGUCGUGUUUCCGAUGCUACCGGAGAAAGCCUAUACUUCAAAAGCAGACAGGUCUCUUACUCACGUACAGACUCUUGUGCCAGGAAGCAGGCUGUCAUCGGCCACAAUUCACGCUGCAUGGGCAUUGUUGGCUUCAAAAUACGUCAACAGUCAAGAUAUGACUUUCGGUAUAGUCAUGAAUGGCAGGACAGACUCAAUCUCUGGCAUCGAUAGAGUGGUUGGUCCAACAAUCGCAACCGUCCCCCUCAGCAUGUCUAUCAACCCAAACAUGACUUUCCGAGCGCUCGUCGAAUCUGUGGAGCAAAAGUCGUUGAACAUGAUCCCAUUCGCUCAUUAUGGUCUGCAGAACAUUAGAAAGUUAAGCCCAGAAGCUGAAAGGCUGUGCAAUUUUCAGACCAUACUCAUUGUACAGCCUGAUACUCAGGUCGAUCUCCCAUGUGGUGCGAAACAUGCGGAAGAAGAGUCUCAUGAGCUAUCAAGUUUCAACAAUUACGGCCUCAUGCUUGAGGUUCAAUUAGGUGCCAAGAGUUUGACCGUGACUGCGAAUUUCGAUAGCAAAUUGAUCGAUACAACGCUCAUGGAGGGAAUGCUCUCACAACUUGGCUAUAUACUGGAGCAAACCCAAGUGUCCGCUCGCAUGGGGUUGAAGGAUGUGGAAUUUUCUUCCCCGCGCGAGACUGAAGACCAAAUUCGCUUCCAAGGUUCUCGGCUGGGAUCCAAGCAAGUAACAGUACAGGGUCUCAUUAGUGCUCAAGCCGGUACACAGGGUGACAAGCACGCCAUCGAAGGUUGGGACGGGAAGCUCGCAUAUUUGGAAUUGGAAAAGCUAUCAACAAACCUCGCUGCGUACCUUGUCAGCCAUGCUGGAUCCCAGCAGAAAUCAAUUGUAUCCAUCUAUUUUGCGCGAUCAACAUGGACCACCAUUGCGAUGAUUGCUGUUUUGAAAGCUGGCGGUGCUGUCAUCCUGCUUGAUCCCACAUAUCCGGUAGCUCGGUUGAGCGACAUUGUUGCGGACUCUGGCUCGCAGCUGUUACUUUGUGAUCCCGAGCAUUCCGAUGUACUCGAAAUGAAAACUGUCGUAGAGAUCACGCCUGGCUUCCUCAGGGGUCUUCCCACCCAAGAAAAUCCCAGCAUCUCCGUCGAUCCUGAUGAAUUGGCCUUUGCGAUAUCUACUUCUGGCAGCACCGGUAAGCCAAAGAUCAUGACACACUCCCAUGCAGCGAUCUGCACUGCUAUCACCGGAUAUGGUGAGAGCCUCAAUCUCAGCGCAGAAUCACGAGUCCUGCAGUUCUCCGCCUAUGCCUUCGACAUGAGUAUCAAUGAGACGCUUGCCGCCCUUUUCCAUGGAGGAACCUUAUGUGUUCCCUCCGACCAUGAUCGCCUCAACAACCUUGCAGGCUUCAUCCAAGACUCAGGGGUCAACUGGAUGUUCGCUAUGCCCUCAUUGAUGAGACGAGCACGAAUCACCCCAAAAGACAUCCCUACAGUCAAGACGAUGGUCUUUGGGGCCGAGAAGACUUACCAAGAUGACAUAGACUGCUGGAAAGACAAAGUCACGCUCCGGUCUGCUUACGGCCCUGCUGAAUGCCAAGUCUGUACAGCUGGACCUCUGGAAGUGCCCGGGGAGAUUGGUGUUGCGAAUUCUUGCGCUUGUUGGAUAGUCGAUCCGGAGAAUGUGGAUCGACUUUUACCCUCUGGCAUGAUUGGCGAGCUUCUUGUUCAAGGGCAUAUCGUGUCCCGAGGCUAUCUGAAUGCACCAGAGACAUCCUUCUCCGUUAGCCCAAAUUGGCUUCAGUCAGACUUGGCAGCCAAGGGACGAAUGUUCCUCACGGGCGACCUUGUCAGGAUUGAUGCUCGGGGUAGAAUGAUCUAUGAAGGCAGAAAAGAAGCGACGCAGGUCAAGCUCCGUGGCCAGAGACUUGAACUUGGUGAAGUGGAAUACAGUCUCAGAAGUCUACUACCCGUGGGUGUUGAUGUCGCAGCCAGUAUCGUGAACCAAUCCGAUCAGGCAACACUGGUCGCUUUUCUUUCUUCUGCACAAUCGCUGAGUGAAAAGGUAAUAGCCCAAGAACUGCAGAGCUUGCAGACUAGACUUCAAGACGCAUUGCCAAGUUUUAUGGUACCUAGUGGCUAUGUCAUUCUCGACGCACUGCCGCUAACAAGCUCUGGUAAGAUUGACCGUAAGAAGCUUCAAGUAAUGAAAGUCUCGGAAGAUCAGAUGAUCGUUGUAGGGAGUACCAGCACAGAUGAAUCAAUCCAGCUUUCAGAUACCGGGAAACUUCUUCAGCGGGCUUGGAUUAAUGUCUUACAGCUACCAGAGGGUCGCUCAAAUGCGCGGAGCAAUUUCUUUAGGCUUGGAGGAGACUCCAUCUCAGCAAUGAGGCUUGUCAGCAGAGUGCGUGAUGAUCACAUGCAAUUGACAGUGGCAGACGUAUUCAAGUAUCCGAUAUUAGAGGAGAUGGCAGACCACGCGUGCGUGCUUGUGGAUGAUAGGAAUUACGAACCGUUUUCGAUGCUUGGUGAGAGAGCCAGUGUGAUCUCGGAAGAAGUAGCUCAGCAGUGCAAUGUGACGGUCGAUCAAAUCGAAGAUGUCUAUCCUUGCACCCCACUUCAGGAAGGGUUGUUCGCUCUAUCGCAGAAGAAUGGCUCAUACGUGGCGCGCAGUGUCUUUAAAUUGCCAUCCAACGUGGACACCGAGGCUUUCAAGGCUGCUUGGGAUAAAGUGGUAUCCUUCCAUACCAUUCUGAGGACUUCUAUCAGUCAAACAUCCAAUGAUGGCCUUCUUCAAGUCGUACGAAGAGCACCUCCUACGUGGGACAUUGCAGCUGAUCUUGACAAUUACAUGGCUAGGCAAGUGACAAUGGGAUUAGGAGAAGCGCUCACCAAGUGUGCGAUUGUGGAUUCACGUUACUUCAUUCUCAGUCAGCAUCAUGCGGCUUAUGAUGGCUACUCCCUCCCACAGGUAUUCCAACAAGUCGAAGACAUCUACAAGGGUGCUAGGACCAACGUCUUUCCGACGUCAUUCGGUCGAUUCAUACGUCAAACGCUGGAAUCACAAAGUAAAGCGUCUCAAGAGUAUUGGACGUCAGAGCUGCGUGGCGCGGCAGCUUCAGCCUUUCCAUAUGUUCCAUCCGGAUACGAACCUGUACCAUCUUCUUACAUCAAGCAAGAAUUUUCGCUCGAUCGCGGCAACAUCGAUGCCACAACUCCUACACUGCUACGAGCUGCGUGGGCACUGGUGCUUGCAAGCUAUACUGGCACUCAAGAUGUCACAUUUGGUGCAACUCUGUCUGGUCGCCAGGCUGCCGUGCAGCAGAUUGAGCGCAUUGUCGGACCAACCAUCACCACAGUCCCGAUUCGGGUCAUGAUUGACCUAGAAUUGCAAAUUGGGCAAUACUUGCAGUCAAUACAAAACAGCGCGGCGAAAAUGAUUCCUUAUGAACAAACUGGUUUACAAAACAUUCGUGACCUUCUGGACGAUGACGCGAGAAGUGCCUGUGAUUUCCAGAAUCUAAUGAUCGUAAACCCACAGACUGCAUUUUCGUACCUACAGAGUGACCUAUUUGUCCCAUCGAAUUACAAUAACAAAGAUGCAGCUACGUUUCGUACCUAUGCCUUCAACCUGGAAUUCACCAUCCUGGACAAGAACACUGUGGCUGCAGAGGUUUUCUUUGAUUCCAAAUUACUGAACAAUGAUCGAGUGACUCGGAUGCUAGAUCAGAUUGAGCAUGUCUUGAAGAUACUGACAAGCUCACCAAGUCUACAGCUCAAAGACGUUGACUUGAUAAGUCCACAGGAUCUGGCGCAAAUAAAACUCUGGAAUGCUAAAGCUAAGACCUCGCCAUCGCCAACAUGUGUACAUACAGACAUAGAAUCGCAGUCAAAGUCUAGCUCUGAAGAGAAUGCAGUAAGUGCCUGGGAUGGUGUUUUGACAUAUACGAAAAUGCAAGAGCUAUCCACGCAUUUGAGCUUACAUCUCACUUCCUUGGGUAUUGGCCCGGAGGUGAACGUUGCCCUUUGCUUCGAGAAAAGCCUUUGGAUGGUGGUCGCUGUUUUGGCUGUCAUGAAAUCUGGAGGAUGUUUCGUGCCUCUUGAUCCAUCGCAUCCAAAGAGCAGAUUGAACUAUAUUGUCGAUGAGGUCAGAGCGCCUGUUGUUCUGACUUCAGUUCUACAUAAAGACCUUUUUGAUACCAGCAUUGAGGUCAGCGAAGCAGGUCUGGACAACAUGUCCAUCGAACUUGAAAAUGUCUAUCCUAAGCAGCAACUCAAGCCAUCAAAUUCUUUGUAUAUCUUAUACACCUCAGGCUCCACAGGAAAGCCGAAAGGGGUGGUCAUUGAGCAUCAAGCUUUCGCAUCGGCGUCAAAGUCACGUCGAACCGUCUUAGGGCUUGAUCAGCAUUCAAAAAUUCUACAAUUUGGUGCAUACAGUUUCGAUACCAGUGUGGAGGACAUGCUCUCGACUCUCAUGGCCGGAGGUUGUAUCUGCAUUCCAUCUGAAGAAGAGCGCAGAGAUUCCCUCGCACAAGCCAUAGCGAAAUACCAUGUGAACUAUGCCGACCUUACUCCAAGCGUGGCAAAUCUUCUCAAUCCUCAAGACGUGCCGGGACUGAAGACCUUGGUACUAGCCGGCGAGGCUGUACCAGAAGUCAGUGUCAGGAUAUGGCAGGGUAGAGUCCGAUUGAUCAAUGCUUAUGGGCCGACCGAGAGCUCGGUAUUGACCCACAUUCAGCCAAACUUGACGCUGGACAUGGAGUCGAAGAACAUUGGAACUGGGGUUGGUUGUAAAACUUGGCUUGUAGACGAGAAGGAUCACAACAAGCUGGUUCCAAUUGGCGCACCGGGAGAGCUACUCAUUGAGGGGCCCGGUCUCGCUCGAGGAUAUCUGAACGACGACGCAAAGACUCGAGCUGGGUUCAUUGAGAAUCCAUCUUGGGCUGAAAAACCAAUGAGGGCAUACAAGACUGGUGAUCUUGUGCGCUACGACUCGGAUGGAUCCGUCGUUUACUUGCGCCGCAUUAAUGAGACACAAGUCAAGAUUCGGGGGCAGAGGGUUGAAUUGGGCGAGAUAGAAUCACAAUUACGCAUAGCACUUAAGGAGGCUCGAGACAUUGCGGUGGAUACAGUUCAACAGGAGUCGAAAGCCCCGGUGCUGACGGCAUUUGUCGCCCUUCCCAGUGUCGACCGUCAAGCAACAAAGGCUGAAAUAGCGAGCAAGGCCAAUUCGGAGCUGCAAGAAGCCUUGCCAGUUCACAUGCUUCCCACCGUUUACGUGUUCGUUGGCACGAUACCACUGGCUUCCUCAGCGAAGAUUGACAGGCGGAGGUUGCAGCAGAUCGCAAUCGCAUCUCUGCUCGAUGGGAGUGCAAUCUUGCCAGACAGCAGUAAUAGCAGCGCAGAAAAGCCGACUUCUGAUCUAGAGCUCCGAAUGCAAGCGAUCUGGAGUGAAGUGCUUAACAUCCCGCAAUCUCAAAUCAGUACAUCCACUCCAUUCUUCAACCUUGGCGGUGACUCAAUCUCUGCUAUUCAAGUAGUUGCCAGAAGUCGCCGACAGCAGCUAGUCGUGACGUCUUUUGACAUUCUGAAGCAUAAAACCAUCGCGAAGAUCUGCAAAGCUGUGGAAGAACGACUGGUCGAGGAAAUCCCCGUCGAGAUCGAAGAUGUUGAGACCGAGGCGCCAUUUGAGCUGUCACCUAUCCAACGACAAUUCUUCCAGACCAUGCCCGAGGGCAACAACCUUUUCCAGCAAAGCUUUCUGCUUGAAGUUCAAGAAGAUGUUAGCCCAGAAAUGGUCAAACUUGCAGUUGACAGGAUAGUGGCCGCUCAUCCUAUGCUCAAGGCGAGGUUUGAGAAACGAGAUGGCGAGUGGAGAUCGUAUGUCUCGAGCGGAAAUGCGAAUGGCUACCCCUUCCAGACUGAACUUGGGGAAGAAAUUGAGGUGGUAAGGCAGAGAAUUGAUCAAAGCAUUAAUGUUGAAAAUGGUCCUGUGUUUGCGGCUGCGUUUCUUCCUGCUCAAGCGAAGUCGGUGGUGUAUCUGACCGCGCAUCAUCUGGUGAUCGAUCUUGUUUCAUGGAGGAUCAUUCUGGCAGAUCUCGAAGAGCUAUUCCGAUCUCCAAACCCUUUGAUCGCAAAUGAGCCGUUGUCGUUCAGGACUUGGUGCCGUCUGCAAAGGGACUACAUCAAGAAUCCGCUCAAUUCAACCGAUCUUUUACUACUCGACAAAACGAAGUCUUCGGACCUCGGCGCCUAUUGGGGCGCUGAAGCAGCCCAUACUUACGAGGAGACUACGUCGGAUCAUUUCAGCCUAGAUAGGGAGAGUUCUACCUCUCUUAUAGGAGGUAGCAACGGACCGUUGAAAACGGAGCCAGUGGAGAUAUUUCUUGCCGCUCUUGCCCAUUCUUUUCACACAAUCUUCACCGACAGAGAACCUCCUUCCAUCUUUAACGAAAGCCACGGUCGUGAGCCAUGGUUCGACUCUCUCGACCUAUCCCGUACUGUUGGCUGGUUCACCACCAUGUAUCCGCUUAACGUCAACCCCAACGACGACAUGAUAGAGACUGUAAUCCAAACAAAGGAUGCUCGACGAAGCAUGAGAAGUAGCGGCUGGCAAUUCUUCACGUCACACCACCUGAACAGCCACAACAAUGUGCCCCUGAAUCCAGAAAUCAUCUUCAACUACCAAGGCCACUACCAACAAUUCGAGCGAGAAGACGCGAUGUUCAAGCUCCUCCCUAUCGCAGAGCCAGCAUUCUCAAGACCCGGAGCCAACGUGAUACGGCAAUCCCCCAUCGAGAUUUCCGCCAUCGUGCAAGACAAGCAGAUCCGCUUCGAUUUCGUCUGGAAUCGACACAUGGCGCACCAAGCCAAAAUCCAACGAUGGAUCCAGCAAUACCAGCAAACACUUCACGACGCCGCACACCUCCUUCCAGUGACCGAACCACGCUGGACAUUGAGCGAUUUCCCCCUCCUCCCACCAUCCUUCAAAGCCUUCUCCACCCUCUCUCAGGAUAUCAUACCACAUCUACCAUCACCCAUAGCAGACAUCUACCCCUGCUCGCCCCUGCAGCGGAAAAUGCUCACCAGCCAGCUCGCAACGCGGACAUGCUAUCAGACCAUAACGACAUUCCUCGCGCUGCCCACGCACCCGAGCCAAGAAAUCUCCAUCGAGCGACUCCAGCGUGCGUGGCAAAAGCUCGUCGACACCCACCCGCUCCUGCGCACGUGUCUCCUCCAGAUCGACGACCACGCUGUACAGAUAGAGGGGCAGGGGCGGGUCUGUUCGCCAGCACACCGCCCCAUCUCCGGCCGAUGCACCGGCUCACCCUUUCCCCAGCCCGCCCUUCGUUAA